GCUGGAAACAGUAGGAUUCGUCUUUCUAAGAGAAAAAUCUUUUCCUACUUCGCACCAGUGUCUCUCAUGUGUCGGGAGGGGGUGCACGUCGACCAAACGGCUUGGAGUUAUCUGUGAAUGUGACGAAUUCUGUAACGGUACAAAAGACCAUCAGCGGCCAUGGACGACCAGCAGCGGUGGGCGAGAAUCAGCAGGGAAUUACGAGUCGACCUUCCUGCAGGGAGAUAUGCGACCGCCUGGAGGAAUUUUGUCAUCACACUCUAUGAACAGAUAGAACACUGGAUGGAUCAGCGGCGUCGGGAUGUCAGACAUACCGUGUGGGACUUUUGUGUCGUACAUUCGCGAAGCAGACGGGACCGUCACGCAGCUGCCGAGUUUAAGAGGCUCAUGGAAACGACCUUAGGCAUCAUAGGAAAAACCUUUGACGACAUCGAGCUGGGCGAGAACACCCUGGAGGCGGCGUCGGCCAUGGUGACGGGCAGCACCAAAGUGUUCAUCAUCGUCAGCAAAUAUUUAGAGCUUCCAGGUUAUCCAAAGUUUGUCUUCCAGAACGCCCUGAUGGCCCAGCUGCAGCGCCCCGAGUGGAGGAGGAAACUGGUGCCCGUUUACCUGCCGGGGAGUCGGGACCCGGCGCCCUUGCUUCUCGCCGGUCUGCAGGGCUUCACGCUGGGCAACGACCCCCGGACAGUGGAGCUCGUGAGCGGCGACAUCCCGGUGGACUACCAGAUGCGCGUCCGGCAGCAGCGGCAGCGGGUCGAGGCGCACCUUCUGGAGGAGCUCCGGCAGGGGAAGAAGCAGCGCCUGAAUCAGAUCCGCGAGGUGGUGGCUGAGCUCCUGGAGCAGUUCGGCGAAAACCACGACCCCACGGGAGCUCUGGGUCAGAUUAGUGAGCAAAUAAGAUCGACUGUUUACGACGCGGACGGGAGUGGAGCGAGUCAGGUCGUCAACAUCUCCCAGAGCGCCUCCGUCAGCGUGGGUCCUUCGUAUCACAUCUCGGUCCACGUGGAGAGGGACACGCCGGGCACAUCGCGACCCGGGACGCCCUUCAGCGACGAUGACUUCUACAGCUGCUGUGAAACCUCUCCACUUAAUUAAUGCUUUUCUUUCUCUCUCUCUCUCUGUCUCUCUCUCUCUCUCUCUUCUCUCUCUCUCUCUCUCUCUCUCUCUCUCUCUCUCUCUCUCUCUCUCUCUCUCUCUCUCUCUCUCUCUCUCUCUCUCUCUCUCUCUCUCUCUCUCUCUCUCUCUCUCUCUCUCUUAGUUCCGUUCCAGCCAUCAAGGAGAGAGGACCAUUUUUUUUUAAUAUAACCUCUGCCUGCCUAAUCACUUAGACAAUGGGGCCUACAAAUAUAUUUCGCUUUCUAAUAAACAAGUGCGUGGCUCAUGUUAAUAAAAUAUCUAUAAGGAUCCAAAGCGACUUAAGGUGAAAAAAAAAAAAAAAACGUUGGUGAAUUCAUGCUUAGAUACGCGUAAUGAGGGAUCUUUGGGGUUUCAACGUUGACCUAAAGCAAGUAGGUUUCGGCGAAUGAUCUGACCUCAGAACACCUGUUUAUACAGUGAUGACCCAGGCCCGUUUCUCUCUGUGUCUCUCAGUAAAUGCCACGAAUGCCGAAAACGAACGAACAAAGAAAAGGGCAAAGAGAUAGUUAAGUAAUGAGUCUGCAGAACUUGCAUCCCCAGCCAUCUAUGUGCAUACUUCAAGAGGGAUACAACGCGACACAUGGAGACAAAUACCGUUGGGUGUCUCAAGUGCUGGAGAUGGCCCCGUUUAACAAGACUAAAGGAGCCCUAGAAUUAAGACUCGGACGAAAUAAUAUCUCUGUACGGUUUAGAUUGAAGAAAUUCUUACACGUAUAACUACGACCGGAGCGGCUGGAGAUAUCCUCGACAUAAGCAGAGCACAGGGCACAGGACACUGUACUACCUUCAAGGUGUUCGAUGUCCCGAGGGAAAUUGACACCAAUGAUAUCACGGAAUACAAUGAAAAGAUUCUACACGCUAAACGACAUCUAUCAUGUUUCAGCAUAUACAGCAGUUCCGGCAUCUGCACCUGCUUCAGAACACAGGAAAGACAGGACCUACUGCAAAUGUUGAUGCAGAAGAUACAACAAGUGAUGCUCAUAAUGCAAAAACAAUUUGCUCAGCAACUAUAAUUACAAGGGAAAAAAUGUUUCCAUUGGUCUUUAGACAACGGUUUACCCCUCUACAACUUGUAGCAGAACUUGAAAAUCAUCAGCUGACAACUAAUGGCCCACAGUGACUUUGAGGGUACCACAAUGGAACAUAAAGAUUUAAGGAAACUGUUCAUUUUUGUAAAAUCAUAUAUAUGUUUUUUUCAGUUAUUAAAUAGUUAAUUAACAAAUAAGACGAGCACUAAUGUGCAGCCCCUCAGACAUGUAUAUUUAAUGCUUGAUUUUGGCCCUUAAUCAAUAUAAGUUCAGUCAGAUUGGGUAAAUGCUUGGACAUCUUUCCCAUGUAAUAGAGCAUGUAAACUGAUCUUUUUUUUCAAAUCUCUCUCUCUCUCUCUCAACCUAAGUUACUUCAUCCCUUUGAGAUGUAAUUUUUCUUUCGUCUCAAUAAACGUGUCAAAGUAAAAAGUCUCUCUCUCUCUCUCUCUCUGGUGUGAAGGCUCUUCUAUUGAUAAUCUCCCAUUAUCCAUAUCCAUACGCAGGUGUUCUCUUAAAUUAAAUCACAAGAACGAGACUGACUAUCAGUGAUUAUUCUUAGAUGAGGCUGAUGCCCCUUUUACGUGAAGAAGUCCUUGCAGCCAUUAAGACUAGCAAAUUCACUGCACCUGGGGAUGAUGGAAUCACUUAGGACAUCAUCCUUGCAAAGAUACAGGUAAAGGGAAGAAAUCCUCCUCUUAAUCUCUUCAACUAUGGAAACAAGUAACCAUCAUUCCCAUUCUCAAACCAUCCUGAUUGAUAGAGACCGAUUUCUCUGACAUCCUGUGUGUCUAUAACCUGCGAAAGAAUUCUCCUUCCUCUUUUACCCAACCAGAUCAAAAACCUGAUCCAUCCCAUCUGCCUUUGGCUUUUAAAAGGGAAAGGAACGUAAAAGUGUUUACCACAGUCAUUAACCCUUUAGCGAACGUGGCCUUUACGGGCUCUCAUCACUAAGGUUCAGAAUCGAUUACGCUAUCUUAAGAACUAGAUCGUCUAUCAAUGUGUUUUUGACGAGUUUUUGCAUGAUUUACGACCAAUAAACACCACAAAAGCCUGC